AUGUGGAUGAUCAUUCACUUGGGUUUUCUGCUAACAGUUGGAGGAACUUUUCGAGAGAAAAUCACAUUGGAUGCAUUCCAGAAAGUGACGCCUUGUACCACUGGCAUGAGAGGAGCAAUCGACAGGGUUUUUAUCAAUGGCACAGUUACUGGAGCAGAUUCUUUGGAAAGGGACUGGUUUGACCAUGUUAUUGUUAAAUCAGUAUCAAAAGCAAUGAAAUUGCCUCUGUGUUAUGUCUCGUUGCUUACAAGUGAUUGCAUUUAUCCAAAUCGUACCAUCCAUCGAUGCUACUGCAAGGAUAAAAACUUAGCUACAGGGGAGGUUCACUUUGUGGUGAAUCUCACAGCAGAAUUAAUAAUAAGCGAAACAGCCAUCAAUAUAAGGCGGCCAAUUACCAGCGGUGCAGAACAGCUAUUGUCUAAUAACAAUGUAACCUUGCCGAAAAUAUAUG